AUGAACUGGGUUGGGGGCAGUCGGAGCAGAAUCAUACUUAAGCAGGAGAGAAGAAAGCAAAAGGAAUUCUUCGAAAAGAAAAAACUUAGAUCAAAGAUGAAGCUACUGGGAGUGUCCUCAUCCCCUAGAAGUUCAACAGUCAGUUUAGAUCUUCUCAAUCUGUAUGUUGUUAACCAGAUAGCAAGCAAGAAAGAUAAUACUGACAGCAUAAGAAAACCAGUCUAUGUUGAUAUGUCAAGGGGUAUAAAAAUACCAGUGAAAAGAUAUAAUAUGGAACUUCCUGUGUCACCGCAACGUGCAUCAUAUAAAACAAAUCUAGAUGAUAUCCAAAACAGUCCAGGAUAUAUGAACUCAGCUGGUAAAUCUCCAGCUCUAAUUACCGGUAAUGAUUCUAUAAGUGGCAACAGAAUAAAAGAAUCAUUGUUUGAUAUUGUGGAAGAAACAGCAAUACCAAAUACCACCCAGGAUGAAACCAGUCAUUCCAUUCUAGCAUUGUUCGAAGAUGAGAGCAAGCUGAUUCAUAAUACUCCCUCCAAAAAGCAUUGCAGUUCUUUUGUUAACCAAAGCAGUAUCAACCAAUUAUUUACAGAUCAUGAUAAUACAAAUCAAAUGUUUAACAGAUGUAGCCUUUAUGACAUUAAAGAGGUUUAUCACAAGACUGACUGUGCUGAAAGAUGUACUGUAGGCAGAUGCCUUAAGGGAAUUUUCACAGUUCCAGAACAGAAUUUCUUUCAAAGGAACAAUAAUUCGAGCACUAGCCAUAAACAAAAGGAAAAGUCUAAUAAGAGCUACUUGAAAGAGUGCCUUGAAGGACAUUAUUACUUCACACCUUCUGAAAUACAAGAAAAUCCUGCAAAGUAUGAAAAAUUAGGGUUAUUUACAAAUCACCCUGCUGAAGAGAUUAACUUUGAGGGAACCAUGCAAAGCUAUUCAAUGAACCAGAAUGACCGCCAUCUUCUGGAAGAAUCAGAUUGGAGGCACUCAAAACCCUUUGGAUUUGAAAUGGUUCCAACAACAGAAGAGGAAAAUGGUAAUUUGGAAAUGAGUUCAAAGCUUGGAGAGAUGCAAAAGGACACUGAAUCCUCCCUGAGCAGUCAGUCCCCCUGUUAUUCUCCCAAGCUAACAGAGAGUUGUGUCAGCACUGGUUCUGAGAUGUCAGAAGAGGAGGAACCAGCUGAAAAGAAGAAAUGUCUUUAUGAGAACUCUUUUCACAGAAACAAAGCCAAUCCAAAUGCUGCUUCAACAAACAAAGGCCCAGAGUGCAGCUCUCACACAGACAGCAUGCCUUUCCUUCCAGGCAAUAGUUUGGCUGUCAAAGCAGCCAGAAUUUCUCAACAGAAAGAGGCUAUUUUACAAGCUACACAGGAGGAAAAUAAAGGGCUAGCUCUUCUACCUCAGUACAACUCAUCACACAUAGUACUUAAGCAGGAGGCUUUUAAUCACAAUGAGAGACAUGAUGCUUGGUCGCAAACGGAGACCUUUGCUGUAGGAGCAGAAAAAAUGGAUGCUGCCACACAGUGUGCUCUGAUACAGGCAUGCAGCUGUAGAAACUAUCUUUCCUCUGUCCACAGUGCUGAAAUGAUCACUGGUGUAAACAAAGCAGAUACCGCUGGAGGGCAGGAAAUCCCAGCAGAUGAGGCUCUUCCAUUUUCAAGUACAGACAAUGCAACAGGUACUACAGAGUUUCCUCCUGAAACUGAGUAUCUGACUUUGGCUGACAAGAUGACUCUAGAUGUUCUGAACUAUUUUAAUGUAAUGACAAAGAGGGAAAAGAGCAACUGAGAGAGAUGUGUUAAGCACGUAGAGUGGAUGCAUCAAAGUGCCCUGUACUCUACAAGUUCUGAUCCUUUCGCAGUCUAUUAUUUCCUUUAUUUGUUACAUUUAUUGUUAACUUGUGUGGGCAAGACUUAUUCAUUUUUUUAACAAAUGAUUACUGCAGAUGCUAAAUGUUUUACUACAGUUCAUUGAAAAUAAUCUUUUUAGCUAAAGAAAAAAUCUACAAUCCAAGUAUAACAGUUGUAUGAGACUGAGCCUGUUCUUAUUGAAUUCAGUGGAAAGGCUCCAUUUGACAUUGAAGGAUACAGGAUAGGUCCCUUAAAUCAGAAAACAAAUAUUUUGUGUACUUAUGCACCCAUUUAGCUUGAAUAGCACAUCUAUGCUGAAACUGUAAAAUGAGAUACAAGGAGAAUGCACAUCUGUGCACACAGAACAAACUGAAAUUAGUACUGCAUAUUCAAGUAAGCAGAUUCCCUCUUGAGGCAGUUAUGCUAGAUUUAUACAUUCAGUGUAAAUGCAGACUCAUCUCUUGUUUUGGUAGUUUGCCUGAAAAUUAAAAUACUGAGUUCUCACCUUUUCUCAUUCAGUUCAGUGUUUGUA